AUUUAGUUACUGUUGCGUUGUUGAUUGUUGUGUUGUUACUUUGUUGUGUUACAGAGUGUUUUUUGUUCUAUGCGGUUGGUUUAGUCCACCUGCAGCUCGUUAGUCGUUUGCCUUGUGUUGUUUCUAUAUUCAGACCGUGUCCUUAAAGUUACAGCUCUGUGUGCAGCGAAAGCGUUUUUGUGAUUUUUGAAACACUCUUGCAGAAAGUAGCUCCCUCUGACGUAGAAACCUGUUGCCUGAAUUUAAAAACACCAGAAGUUGAGUCUAAGUGUUUCACAUUUGAGUUAGGUGCUGAACCUUCAGCGGGUCCUGGAGCUGGAAAUGUGGUUAAGGACGACCAACACAAAGCUGACUCAAGUUAAUGGUCAGAGGAAGUAUGGAGGACCUCCUGAAUUGUGGGAUGGCCCCCUGCCAGGAGCCCACUGUGAGGUCUUUAUCAGCCAGAUCCCACGGGACGCUUAUGAGGACCUGCUGAUCCCGCUCUUCGGCUCUGUGGGGCCGCUCUGGGAGUUCCGGCUCAUGAUGAAUUUCAGUGGCCAGAACCGUGGCUUCGCUUACGCCAAAUACGGCUCACCGGCUGUUGCUGCCAAUGCAAUCCGCCUGCUGCACGGCUACAUGCUGGAGCCCAGUCUGCGCCUCAGCGUCCGCCGCAGCACAGAGAAGAGACACCUCUGCAUAGGAGACCUGCCCACCUCCACCAGACAGGAGGAUCUUCUGCAGGCGCUGCGUGCUAUGGUGGACGGCGUGGAGAGAGUGUCUCUGAAGUCUGGCCCCGGGAUAGACGGGGUGUCUGCUAUAGUUGCCUUCUCGUCUCAUCAUACUGCGUCCAUGGCGAAAAAGGUGCUGGUGGAAGCCUUCAAAAGGCAGUUUUCUCUCUCCAUCUCAAUCAAAUGGCAAUCAACAGUGAAGCCGAGUGUGGAUGAGCCUCAACCUCCACACAAACCUUCAAACAGUCUCCUACCGUCACCCCUGAAGCCCCCGCGCCAUGCCCUGCCUCCUCGCCUGGCACGAGCUCCAUCCGCCCCCCCCGGUUUCUGCAGGGCUGUGGGAGGACCCAUCCUCCCCAAGCAGCCUCCCCUGGUCGGCUCCUCCCACGCCCAGGUUGAGGAGCUGGGAGCUCCACACAUUGUGGGUGGGAGCAGUGUUUGCACUGUGUGUGGAUCCUCUGAUUUUCUUCUUAAUGUUGUGUAAAAAGAAGUUUAAUCUUCUAUGUGGUUUGUUGUUCAGCAUGUUUUUAGCGGUGUUCAGUCGACUUGUUUGUAUUGUUUAAAUUUCUAUGGUUUGUUUUAUGCAUGCUUUUUAUUGUGUGUUACCUUUCUAUUUGUUCCUCAUUUUAAUUAAAUGAGAUUUGAUACGUUGA